UAAACAACAAUCAACCUUGUUUGUUCAACUUCCUUUUUCUAAAAUCCAAACCAAACAUUUCUACACUUGUAAAAUCUUAAUACUCUAUCUUCAUUUCCUUGUUUAUUUUUCUGCUUCAUCAAUUCUCUUAACUCCCAAAAAAAUGGCUUCCCCAUGUACAACUUACUAUUCAAGUCCUGGUAGUCCUGAAGAUGACUCAAUGGUACUUUUCUCAACUUCAACUUCAUGUUCACCAGCCAAAGAAUCCACUAUAACUCACUCUAAUUCGUCGUCCUUCAAUUCUUCAUCACCACCACCACCGCCACAAUCGUCUACAAAUGCUAAAACUUAUGAACUAAGGAUUCGAAAUCUUUCAUAUACUGUCUCUCCGAAUGGCUCGAUGUUUUCUUCAUUGACGAAGAAGAGUGCUAAGCCAAAAACCACCAUACUCAAAUCAGUCUCUUUUGUGGCUGGAUGUUCAGAGAUUCUAGCGAUCGUUGGACCAAGUGGGACGGGCAAGUCAACGUUGUUACGUGUGAUAUCGGGUAGGGUAAGGGAUAAAGAGUUUGAUCCAAAGAGUAUUUAUCUCAAUGACCAUGCAGUUACUAGCCCUGCACAAUUGAGGAACAUAUGUGGAUUUGUGGCUCAAGAGGACAAUUUACUUCCUUUGUUAACUGCGAAGGAAACUUUAAUGUUCAGCGCGAAGUUUAGGCUACGAGGGAUGAGUUCAAAGGAGAGAGAAGAAAGAGUCGAAAGCUUGAUGCAAGAACUUGGCCUUGAUCAUGUAGCUGACAACUUUGUUGGAGAUGAAGAGAAUAGAGGAAUUUCAGGUGGUGAAAGAAAAAGGGUGUCAAUUGGAGUUGACAUGAUUCAUGAUCCUCAUAUAUUACUCUUAGAUGAGCCAACUUCAGGACUGGACAGUAGUUCAGCACUUCAAGUGAUUGAAUUGCUGUCAUCCAUGGCGAAAACAAAACGGAGAACUAUAAUUUUAUCCAUCCAUCAGCCUAGUUAUAGAAUUCUUCAGUACAUUUCUAAUCUCUUGAUCCUCUCUCAUGGAUCUGUCGUUCACUAUGGCUCACUUGAAUCGCUCGAGGAAAAUAUAAGCAGGAUGGGAUAUGAAAUACCUAUUCAGCUCAACCCUCUUGAAUUUGCAAUGGAGAUUAUAUCCGUGUUGGAAAACCAGGAACCGCAUUCUAAGUAUCAGUCAUGUGCCUAUCUGAGAUGGGAAGAAGCCAUAAUUCAAGAUAGCGCGAAUAAAGAAGUAAUCGAUCAGGCAAAAACUGGUGCUGUUUCGGAUGCAAGUUGUUCAAGUCUAUUCGAAAUAGCAGUGUUAUGUUCAAGAUUCUGGAAGAUUAUUUACAGGACAAAGCAGCUGUUCUUGGCGAGAACGAUGCAAGCCCUUGUGGGAGGAUUUGGACUUGGGAGUGUUUAUAUAAAGAUGAGGCAUGAUGAAGGUGCAGUUGCAGAAAGAUUAGGCCUUUUUGCAUUUAGCCUUAGUUUUCUUCUUUCUUCAACUGUUGAAGCACUUCCAAUUUAUCUUCAAGAAAGGCGUGUGAUCAUGAAGGAAGCCUCUAGAGGAGCCUAUAAAAUCUCUUCUUACAUGAUCGCGAACACCAUAAUCUUUCUCCCAUUUCUCUUUGCAGUGGCCAUUCUUUUCGCCGUCCCAGUAUACUGGAUAGUUGGGCUGAAUCCCUCGAUUACAGCUUUCGCGUUCUUCACUUUCGUGGUUUGGGUGAUAGUAUUGAUGGCCAGCUCUUUGGUUCUGUUUCUUAGUGCAAUUUCACCUGAUUUUAUUUCAGGGAAUUCACUGAUUUGCACUGUUCUUGGGGCUUUCUUUCUAUUCUCUGGCUACUUCAUCCCAAAAGAAUGCAUACCAAAAUAUUGGCUUUUCAUGUACUAUGUUUCAUUAUAUAGGUACCCUUUGGAUGCUUUGCUCACAAAUGAAUAUUGGAGCUUGAGGAACAAAUGUUUCUCUUGGAAUGAAGAUCAUUCAAAAUGCUUGCUUACAGGCAAUGAUGUCCUGAAGAAUAGGGGACUUGACAAGGAUGCUAGGUGGAUGAAUGUUGGAAUUAUGCUUGCUUUCUUUGUGUUUUAUAGGGUGAUUUGUUGGAUUAUUCUAGCAAGAAAAGUGUCAAAGACAACAAUUUGAAAGAUUAUAAUAUGCUGGAGAUCUGAAAGAAACAACAUUAUUGCUGAAGGUUGAAGACCGAGUAUCUCCUGUUUAUAUGUACAAUAGAUCUAUGUUGCUACUCAAAAAUGCCACCGGGUGCGUGCCGAAUGUUUCAAAAGCAGUACGUUUUUGAAGGAUUCAACAUGCAUGCGGCAGCAUUUCUGAAGAGUCCGAGAAAUAUUACGAUAGAUUAGCUUAUUGGAGAAAUCUUUUCAUGUGUGAUUCUUUUGUAGUUCACUUCUGUUAAUCUAGCUGUCAUGUACUAUUAGUCUAAAAUCUGUAUGGACCUUUUUUUUUAUUUAUUUGGUUUGUUCGUACAUACUCUUUU